AUGCGGGCCAAUGGCAACCUUCGUGCGCACAAUAUACACAACCUUGGCCGCCCUCAACCCACGCUACCAUGCCUAGUGACGGGCUGUAUCCGCCGUUUUUACAACAGGUCAGGGCGCACCACUCAUAUGCAAUCCCAGCAUCCACUGGCAUCUGAAGAACCCGACGUCCCGUCAUCACACCAUUCCUCCUCCGAGUCGAGUUCACGAUGUUCCCAGUCAUCCCGACCUGGCACCGGACAUGCUGCAACAAGCUCAGCACACAUGCAUUCACGCAGCCCAACUCAGACUAGCGCAGGUGAUGAACAACUUGAAGCACCUGGGAGUCGCGACGAUCAAAUGGAGUUUGACUUGCCAGAGUCAAAUGGACGUGGAACAUAUCAUCCUAAUAUCAAUGGGAGAAUUUGCGACGAACACGGAGAUGACAUACCACCGAAUACUCCGCCACCUCCGCGUCCAUCAAAUCGUGGACCAGACAACUGGACACCAUAUGCUAAUCGAGUCGAAUUUGAAGUCGCAGACUUCCUCUACCGUCGCAACCAGAUGUCGGGGGGCGAUAUUGACUUUAUAUUCAACCUGUGGGCCGCCUCAUUAGCGGCUCAUGGCGAAACACCGCCCUUCACAAACCACGUUGAGAUGUACAACGUCAUUGAUUCGACGCCUCUAGGUGACGUCGCCUGGCAGAGUUUUAGCUCUGAAUAUAAUGGUGCUCUACCUGAAGGUGACAUUCCGACAUGGAUGACAUCCGAGUAUGAUGUGUGGCUCCGAGAUCCUCGGAUCCUCGUGCACAACAUUCUCUCCAACCCAGACUUCGAAGGCGAAUUCGACUACGCUCCGCUACAGGAGUAUGAUACCAGCAACGGAGCACAUCGCUUUCAGGACUUUAUGUCCGCCAUUUUUCAUCCUUUUUCCAAUUUUCUCAUCUCUCACAAUUCACAGGAUUUGAUUGCCGAGGAUCCCAAUACAAUUGGAUCUAUGUUCGUUCCAAUAAUCCUUGGCAGCGACAAGACUACUGUCUCCGUCGCUACUGGACACAACCAGUACUGGCCGGUUUAUAUGUCGAUCGGCAACAUCCGCAACAACGUGCGACGUGCACACCGCAACGGUGUUGUAUUGCUGGGCUUCCUAGCCAUCCCGACAACUGACAAGGAGUCCGCCAAAGACGCACACUUUCGAAAAUUCCGCCGUCAGCUUCUCCACUCAUCGCUGGCGAAGAUGCUGGAAUCCCUCAAACCAGGUAUGACAACACCCGAGGUUGUACGCUCCCCCGAUGGUCAUUUUCGACGUGCGGUGUAUGGCCUUGGACCAUAUAUUGCCGAUUAUCCCGAGCAAGCAUUGCUCGCUUGCAUCGUUCAAAACUGGUGCCCAAAAUGUACUGCUCCGGCUGAUGGUCUUGACAAUGGUACCUAUGGUCGGCGUUCCCGCAACCAUACCGAAGUCUUGGUGGAGGAAUUCGAGUUAGGUGUGCUAUGGGACGAAUAUGGACUUGUAGGAGACAUCGUGCCAUUCACUAACUAUUUCCCGCGAGCCGACAUUCACGAACUCCUCUCCCCCGACAUUUUACAUCAGCUGAUAAAGGGUGCGUUCAAGGACCAUAUCGUCACCUGGGUCCACAAAUACAUUAAGGCUUGGUACUCGGAAAACGAGGCGAAUAUAAUAUUAGAUGAUAUUGAUCACCGUAUUGCUCUUGCUCCCUCAUUUGCGGGCCUUCGACGAUUCCCGGAGGGAAGGGGCUUCAAACAGUGGACGGGAGAUGAUUCCAAAGCACUUAUGAAGGUGUAUAUACCCGUGAUUGAAGGCCACGUACCUCCGGAGAUGGUGCUGACUUUGCAAGCAUUAAUUGAUUUUGUGUACAUCGCGCGGCACAAUAUCAUCGACUCCAACAGCCUCAAUGCGUUGGAUGAUGCACUCGAGCGUUUCCACAGGCACCGCGAAAUAUUUGAAACAUCCGGUGUUCGCCCUAAUGGAUUCAACCUCCCUCGACAACACUCGCUUAUCCACUACCACAAAAUGAUCCGAUCGUUUGGCGCACCAAACGGACUCUGUUCUUCCAUCACAGAAUCUAAACAUAUCAAGGCUGUCAAGGAGCCGUGGCGACGGUCCAGUCGGUUCGAAGCCCUCAAUCAGAUGUUACUGACAAAUCAACGUCUAGAUAAGUUAGCGGCGUCUCGUGUUGACUUUGCUAGCCGUGGGAUGCUAACAGGAACAUGUCUAUCAUAUAUCCUUGAUAAACUCGGGCUAAACGCUCCAGUGCACAAUGCAGAAGCCAUUCAAGUCCGGCUCGAGGACGAGCCGAUUGACAUUCCCCAUCUCGGACGCAACAAUCACGUGAAUGCCAACUUGGAGGCUGAUGCAGACCAAGAUGCUGAGCUCGAGGGUGACGCUGUUGCUGGACCGACGGUGAUAGCUCAUGUAGACUUGGCGAAGAAAUCUGCAAAACGGAUCUACGCAGACCUACUUGCAGAUCAAAUUGGUGAACCGGAACUCACCACUCACAUUCAGCGAUUUUUACAUGACCAGCUCCAUUGUUCUGACUCCAACUCAGAAGCCUCCGAGUCUGGCGCUGGCUCGUCCAGUGCCCUUCCCGAACUACAUGAAAAAAUAACUCUGUAUACAUCUGCCAUUGCCACCUUCUUCGCUCCCAGUGAUGUCUCAGGCAUCGGCGGUAUGCGCUACGAGCGAAUUCGUGCUGUGGAUACCUGGAGGAACGGCCCUGGUCGAUAUGACUGUGUUUUCAUUAGUACUGAUCCCACUGUCGAGGGUAUGCGUGGCUUCGAUAUCGCUCAAGUAAGGCUUUUCUUUUCAUUUAAACACAAUGGUGUACAUUACCCUUGUGCAUUUGUGCAUUGGUUCAAACACGUGCACGACUCACCAGAUGAGAACACAGGAAUGUGGGUAGUAGAGCCUGAAACCCGCGAGGAUGGGACACGAUUUGCCUCCGUCAUUCACCUUGACUGCAUUUUUCGUGCGGCACACCUUAUGCCUGUAUUUGGGCAUGAAUUUGUACCUACUUAUCUCUCUUACACACAGACCCUUGAUGCUUUCCGCACUUACUAUGUAAAUAAAUACAUUGACCAUCAGGCAUUUGAGAUUGCCUGGUGA